AUGGCGAACAGAAGUCCGGCGAAAUCUACGCUUGAGGCAGGAAGAAACACGACGGAUGCAGGCACAGACAAUCGCAUCACAGAUGUUAUCGGCAAUGCAGGAAUCAGAGAGAAAAUCGGCCAGGGCAAGGGGAAGGUCGCGAUCCGCGGCUCCCAGGCCAUCUGUGCAGAAUCGGACGAGAAGGAGCUCCCGACGAGCUUCGCCCUUUCGUGA